UACGAAGCUGAUAUUGUAUCAUUAUGCGAUUGCGUCUGCUAUUUAAUAUUUCAUAAUUUUUUAUUAUUAUAAUCCAGCCGCGAGAGUUGUCACCCGUUUGGUAGUGGGUCGCGUCAUCUUUUUAUGAAGAUGGCGAUACUGAAGCUAUCGAUUUUGGCAGCCGCGUUUGUGUGCGCUUGCGCAGUGCCGCAAAAACCACCAACUGCGAGGACCACCAUAUUUGGAGACGAGAAACUAGAGGGUCAAGUCUUCGAAAACUUGCAGUACAAAUCUGAAGAUGUCACACCUCAGAAUACGGCGGCUAACGCCUAUCGACUACCCACUACAACGAGACCGUUAAGAUAUGACCUUCAUUGGGAUAUAAAUAUUGCAAAUCUAUCGUUUACCGGAGAAGUUGAUAUUUAUCUAUACGCCACACAAGCGGGAGUAAAUGAAAUAGUUAUACAUUCACAGGACUUACAAAUUGAUUCUGUUAAUUUGUACAGAUAUGACAAUGAAAUUACCGAAAUAAAUAAGUCUUAUUAUCUUCAACCGGCUUAUGACUUUCUCAGGGUGCAGUUAGUUGGAGAUAAUACUUUGGAGUAUGACGCUAAUAUCAAUAGGCUGUAUCGAUUGUCGAUAAAGUUCGGAGCACCGUUACGAGACGAUAUGUACGGUUUAUAUCAGAGUUGGUUCCGGAAUGGAGACAGUGAAAAUGGAGAGUUCAUGGCAACGACUCAAUUCCAAGCCACAUCGGCCCGUAAAGCCUUCCCUUGCUAUGACGAGCCCAGUUUCAAAGCCACGUUUGAUAUAUCAGUACGUCGUGACGCGACAUAUAGAAGUUGGUCUUGUACUAGAAUCAAAGAAACUCGCCCAGACACUCCGAAUUUCGAAGUCGACGUAUACGAGACCACACCAGUGAUGUCUACAUAUCUAUUGGCGUUGAUUGUCGCUAAAUAUGAAUCUCAGAGCGUUACCAACAGCGAUGGUCUCCUUACUUACGAAGUCAUAGGUCGUCCUGGGGCAUUCGCUGAGAAUCAACAAGAGUAUGCCUUUGAUGUUGGACAGAAACUUUUAAAUGAAAUGAAUGAUCAUACAGCCAUAGACUUUCAUGGCGUCUACGAACAUAUAAAGAUGACACACGCGUCCAUUCCUGAUUUCUCAGCUGGUGCCAUGGAAAACUGGGGUCUGCUGACGUAUAGAGAGGCGUAUCUUAUGUAUGACAGAGACAAUACAAAUAGUAAUUCCAAACAGUUGAUUGCCUACAUUUUGUCUCACGAGAUCGCUCAUAUGUGGUUCGGAAACCUUGUGACGAACGAGUGGUGGGAUGUAUUAUGGUUGAACGAAGGUUUCGCCAGAUAUUAUCAAUACUUCUUAACGCAUUGGGUUGAAGAUUACAUGGGUUUCGAAACACGCUUUAUCGUCGAACAAAUACAUACGGCAUUGCUGUCCGACUCAACUGCUGGUGCGCAUCCACUUAGUAACACCGGCAUUGGCAGCCAAGCAGCAGCCAGUUCAAUGUUCUCCACGAUUACCUACAAUAAAGGGGCAGCAGUUAUUAGAAUGACUGAGAAGCUGCUUGGAUUUGAAGUUCACAGAGAGGGACUCAGGAAUUACUUGAGGAAAAGGCAAUUCAACGUCUCUCUGCCCAUUCAUCUUUUCCAAGAGUUGCAAUAUGUAGCAGAAAAACACAAUGCCAUAUCAGAGUAUGGACCUGACUUCUCCGUCAUCGAAUAUUACAGAUCUUGGACAGAACAAGGUGGACACCCAGUUCUUAAUGUCCAAGUGAACCAUCAAACUGGUGAAAUGCUUGUGUCUCAGCAACGUUUCAACAUCAAUAAUGGUUACGGAACAGCUUCAAGGAAUUGGAUUAUACCUAUUACGUUUGCCACUAAAAGCAAUCCGGACUUCGAGAAUACAAAACCUACUCAUAUCAUUCGUAAUACUGUUACUAGAAUUAAUCGUAGUUCCAUCGGUGACGAAUGGGUCAUUUUCAACAUACAGCAAUCAGGUUUUUACAGAGUCAAUUACGAUCACUAUACAUGGGAUCUAAUUGCAUUAGCACUGAGGGAGAAUAGAGAAAUAAUUCAUGAAUACAACAGAGCACAAAUCGUCAACGAUAUCUUCCAGUUCGCCCGGUCUGGUAUAAUGCCCUACUCGAGAGCUCUGAACAUUCUUUCUUUCCUUGAGAAUGAAGUAGAUUAUGCUCCGUGGGCCGCGGCGAUUACCGGUUUCAAUUGGUUGAGAAACAGAUUCGCCACAACGGAAGAAUUGCCUCAACUUGAACAACUGAUAGUUAACUGGACGACGACAGUGAUUCAAAACAUCACAUACGAACCCUCUGAGAAUGAGUCAUUCAUGAGGUCAUAUCUCCGUAUGCAAAUCGCGCCAACCUUGUGUGCCAUCAACGUUAGAGAAUGCCGCGAAUCUGCCAAUGAGCAGUUUCGAAGAUUAUUCGAAGGGAAUUCUGAGGUUCCGCCCGACAGCCGCCCAUGGGUAUACUGUAAUGCUCUCCGUGAGGGUUCCGAAGAAUAUUUUGAUUUCCUUUAUAAUAGAUUUUUGUCUCAUAAUGUAUAUAACGAGAAGAUCGUCAUCUUGUCCGCGCUUGGAUGUACUCCUCAUGAGAGAUCUCUUGAGAAACUUUUGGUUACUAUCUUUGAGGAGAACUUUAAAAUUCGCCGACAAGAUUAUGGUACAGCUUACAGUGCAGCUGUAUCGGGUAACGAGGUUAAUACACAAAUCGUGUUCCGCUAUAUCCAGAACAAUUUGGAGAAGGUGCAAACUGCGUACAGCUUGGCCUCGUCAUUAUCAACAAUUGCAUCCAGAUUAAGAAGUGUAGAAGAAAUAGAUGCGUUCCAAGAAUGGGCUAGAAAUAACCGUCAAGCUUUGGGUUCAAGUUUUAAUGCUAUAAUAAACGCGGCAGAAGACACACGCCGAAGCAUCUCAUGGACAGAGGAAGUUCUAUCCGAUGUUUUGCAUUACCUCGUUAGUGGAGGUGAUGAUAUUGAGACAAGUUCAGCUGCGCCCUCCACGCCGACAGUGCCUCCAUCCACUGUAACUGCUGGACCGCUGGUAGUGCCGUCAACACCUACAUUACCAGACUCUGCGGUUACUAGUGCAUUGUCUGUAAGUGUUAUGUUUGUUAUGGCAAUAGCUAACUUCGCUUUAUAGAUUGUAAAAGGCCGCACACCUGUAAUUGCACCAGUGUUGCGGGUAUUCGUGGGCGGCGGUAAUCACUUACCAUCUGGUUAGCCGCAUGCUCGUUUGCCCCCCGUGUUAUAAAAAAAGAAUGAGUUUUUAUAGACGAAAAGGUGCCUUCCUUUUUCACUAUUAUUUAGCAGUAGUUCGUUUAUUAUACUAUAAAUAUAAUUAAAUAAAUAUAAAAGUAUUUGAGACCGAAUACUAUGGGAUUAUGAUCACAGUCUAAAGAAUUUGUUGUUACCAGAUAAAUCUACACGUAGAUAGAGUAAUGCAUCUCAAAAUACGUAUAUCAUGUAAUUAAUUGUACGGAAAAUGACAAAGGCGUUGGACUAUUGGCUGUUCUUUACACUGUGUUGUGAUAGUUUUCUGGAUUCUCUUAUGCUUUUGAAUAUUUUUUUUUUAUUAGCUCCUUUUCAAGGCCGCUUAAUAAAAAGUAUCUUAUCACUUUAAUUUUCUAGGUAAAAUUAUCUAAUAUCGUAUUGUUUUAUAAAUUAUAGGUAAGUUUUGUAUUUAUUCCAGUUGUUUCAUAAUAAAUUUAUUGCGUUAAGAUCGCCUGUUAUACAUCUUCAUUUACUAUAUAGACUUUAACUAUGUAAUUUGUUUUGUACAAUAAAGUUUUAUUUAUAUAUUUAUUUAUUUAUAAACAAAUAAAUAUUCAAUUUUUAUACUAAUUACCAUCUCUAAAUAAUGAAAUUGAAAAAUAUAGGUAGGUAUUUAUUUUUUCAAAUUUAUUAUAUGUUUAUAAUAUUAUAUUUUUUUUUAGCUUCUAGUCGUAGUUUAUGCAAUAAUUUUAUUUAUUCCAUAUAUUAACAAAGAUAAUGUAAUCAAUUAGCUUCUUUUGAAUAAUCAAUAAUUUAAUUUUAUGAAAAUGUAAGAAAGUUGUAUACGGAUGUGUAGAUGUAGAGUUGUAUGUGUAUUUCCAUGUUUUAUAAAUAAAUAUAAAUACAUUAAUUUUUCUAAUAAAGUUUUUGUAUCAAUAAA